AUGUACGAGGCGGGGAGGGAGAGAAAUAUUGGUACGGAGAGAGGUGGCCUCCGCCGAAUCACCUCACGGCUGAAUUUACUGUCAGAUUUUCUCCCCAAGAAUCUGGACGCAAACCUCUCUCGCCACGAUCCGGAGGACGGAGCGGGGAAGGAGAAAACGGGAAAUUGGAAAAAACAGCUGAGGGUGACAGAGCACGACACUAUUACUGCACGGGACCCCCACCCACCCACGGGACCCCCACCUACCCAGGCGGCACGGUCGGGUCACAACUCUCCCAAAGUCAACCUGGCACCCAGCGGAGGGCGGGGCUACGGCCAAUCACAGAGCAGCACACUGAAGCGCACGCUUACAAACCACUGCUUAGUCAAGAGUCCCUAA